UUAUUGUUCUAGUUCCAUGGUCCCUCUUUCUCGCGGUCCCCACACGUUUCAGAAAUUAAUUGCAAACAUUAUACAAGUGGACUGCAAUGGAAUUUCUCUCUCGUUUCCCUUUCCUUUACAUUGUUCUUCAGGUUUAACUAUAAAUAGACAAAUGGGAAGAAGGUGCCAUUAAAGUAAAUACAGGAAAAGCGUUAGGAGUCCGGAGAUUGUUGGUUUUGUUGGGAACAUAAACAAUUAACUUGAUGAAGAAGAAGGUUGUAACAACAGACAACAAGGAAGUCUUCCUUGAGCAUAAGAGAAAGAAAACCUGGGAAGAUGCAAAAUCUGGUCACAAAUGCUUCAUGUUGUAUGCAAGGUCACUCUACAUCACUUGGGGUGCCCGUGAGCAUUGGAUUUGGAACAGUUUUAAAGAUACAAGUGAUGAAAACAUCGAAGUAGCCAAACUAAGCCACGUAUGUUGGCUGGAUGUGAGAGGAAAAUUCAAAAUAUCAGACCUUUCCCCUGGAACUUUAUACGAAGUUGUUUAUGAAAUCAAGUUGACAAAAUCUGCAUUUGGUUGGGAACCUCCUAUCAAGCUGAGACUAUCCCUCCCUAACGGCAGAGUCCAAGAAAGGCAAGUCAGCCUUUUGCAGAAGCCUAGAGGGCAAUGGAUGGAGCUCAAUGUCGGCAAUUUCUGCACAGAAGAAAACGAAGAAACAGGAGAAGCAAGAGAAGUUUGUUUUGAUCUCUAUGAACAUGGAGGCCAUUGGAAAAACGGACUUGUUAUCGGGGGUGCUAUUUUAAGGCCUAAAAGCUAAAAUCAUUACUUGAAUAACAAACUAGUUUUAACUCCUUUUCACACUUUUGUAUUCAUGCUUGUUACAGCUGUUAUGUCUUUGUUUUAUGGGAUGAUUUUUUUCGACUGAA